AUGCCAUUAGAUUAAUGGGAAAUAGCGCACCUUUACAGAGUGGUAGCUUUGAGACAUUUGAAAGGUCAAGCAUAAUGGAAAAUUAGAAGACAUCCUCAUUUAACUAAUUUGUCUGAUACUGUACUUGAAUUAGAGAAUGAAUAAUAAUAAUAAAAGAAUCAUAAAUUUUAACUUAUUUUCAUCAUCUACUUUUUUUUGAAAGGUUCUUAAGCAAGUCAGUUAUUUCUUAAACUAGAGAAACCAUAACAAAUUUUUUAUUAACUGAGAAAAGUUUAUUAAAAAAAAUAUUAGCAAUAAAUUCUAAAUCUUUCUUUAAUUUUAGAUUAAUAUCAAAUUUAUAAUUUAUUUAUAAAAAUAUAAUAAGAUUAAUUUAGUGUUAAUCGAAAUUACUUUUGA